GGAAGAGGGGGUAGGAUAUAAGGACCGACCCGGCUCCUGUAUCUCCAGUUGACCAGUCGGUGCAGCCCUCGACGACCGGUGCCGCUGCCGCCCUGCCCUUGACCGCCGCUAUCCCCGCCAUCACUCCUGCCUGACAGCCCUCGCCCCCUGGUGCAUACAAGCCCGGCUCGCCCACUCCGUCCCCUCCACUUCCUCCUCCUCCUCCUCCCCGCCUGCCCCGCCAUGCUGCUGUCCAUCCUGCUGCUGGCCUCGGGCGCGGUCUCGCUGGCCUCGCCCAGGGUCAGAGGGCCGCAAGUGUCGCCGUACGGCAGACCGCUCCCCCACCACAAUCCGCAGCACCACUCCUCCCGGGCACAGCAGGGGGUCGCCGCGCACCAUAACCCCCAUAACCCAGAAUUUGAGGUUGUUCAGGGCUCGGGCGACGCUGAUAGCAUUUUGAUCAGAGUAAACUCCCAAAACUUCGAUCAAUUCAUAGAACGCUCCGGCGUUAACCUUAACCCGACCUAUCCUCAAAAAUACGACGCCUCAAACCUCCAGGAUAACUCUGUCGGCGUUCCCUCCCAGAGUCAGUUCGCUUCGAGUCCCCAGUUCAAUGUCCCAGCUAACUCCCAGCCGGCCCCGGUCCAGUUUACCGUCCCAGCCAACCCCCAGUCCAAUGUUGCUCCCAAUACAGAGUUCAGUAACCCCUCUAAUACACAGUUCAGUAACCCUCCCAGUGCCCAGUUCACUGACCCUUCCAGUGCUCAGUUCUCUGCCGCCCCCAACCCUCAGCCCAGUGCUCCGUCUGGUCAGUCUGAGUCACGCGCCAAUGUUCAGCCCGCUUAUGAGGUCCAGGCCCGCCACAACACCCCCCAUCUCAGCCCGUACAAUGCAGAGUUCCCGGGUGGUGGGGCGGGACAGAGAGUGAGGGGACAGGACCUUCUCCUCCACAGUUCCGUCAGCCAAGUCCUGCGGAACACCCCCACCAGCGCACAGCUCAUCGCCACGAGGCCCGUCCUUCUCCCCCUGUCCCAGCGCCUGGCGGACAACUACACGCUCAUCAGGCCGAACCCGGUGGACACUUUCAGAUGCGACAAUCGCGUGUACGGCUACUACGCGGACCAGGACAACGACUGCCAGAUCUUUCACGUGUGCCUGCCGCUGCAGCAGCUGUUCCCGGCCAACUUCACCCAACCCAUCACUUACCAGUUCUCCUUCAUCUGCCCCAAGCACACGAUAUUCUCUCAGGACGCCAUGGUGUGUGCCUGGGAGGAGGAGGCGGUCCCGUGUGAGUACGCUGCCGACUUGUACUGGAUGAACGAAAACUUCUUCAGGAAAGUUAACAAAGUAGACGGGACGGGGAUGAGGUGGGCCCACGUGAACGAGCCUCGCGCACCAUAGACUGCCCUUCCCAGCGAUGUCCCCAACCGAAGACGAGACUGAGGAGACGCAUACCCAGGCAGUCUCAUCUGUGCCGUCCGCCCGGAGGAGGGGUAGUUUUGGGCAUUAUCACUGUGAGAUGUUAUAAGCUGGUCACGGGGGGGCAGCUGCUUCAAGUCUUCAUGAUGAGCUAGAGUAAUCUUGCUUUUAUUGAUUGUGUGUACUUACCAGAGUGUGUGUGUGUGUGUGUGUGUGUGUGUGUGUGUGUCUUGCAUGUACAUAGGCAGCAACCCAGCACACUGACAGUCAUCACUACUACCGUACCUGCCACACCGGACUUGCACUAACGAGGGAGCCAGAAUCACCGACUAACACAGCAGUCCACGUUACUAUUUUCUCUCCACGCCACUCCCUGCAUGACAGCGAUCGGAACUGACCUGUGAAAUAAAUAAAUAUGCAACACGAA